GGUAAAGUCAUGCAUUAUACCUGCAUUCUCCCACUCUCGUCGACACAUUGAAAGCUUUCAUGUUAUUUUCACUGUUUUCUUAUUGAAAAAAAAUGCCAAUCAAUGGAAUUACCCGACGGGAUUCUUCCGGCGACUCUGGUUCUGAAUCGGAGAGCGGCUCCGGCUCAUCCGCCUCCUCGCGCAGUGGCUCACCAGUCUCUCAUGGACCCGUUCCAACCCCGGGAAAUCCUGGAAAUGAAGCGUCAGAGGCUGAGGAUGGGCCACACUCACCGGGAUCCCAACGCGUGAGUCGCAGCCCUUCCCGGAGUACUCAUAGGUCCCGACACUCCAGUCCUGGGUCAAGAUCUCAAAGUGGUUCUCCAGGCUCUCGAAGGUCUGGCUCUCCAGCAGGUAGUGCGAGAUCUGAGAGCCCCAAAUCUCCAGCAAGCCAGCAUUCCAAUCGCUCUCGAUCUAAAUCAGCAAGUCGCAGAUCCAACACACCAGGCUCGCCGAGGAGUAGACGAUCAGGCAGUCACAGAUCAAAUGCCUCAGGCUCACCCACGAGUAGAAGAUCAGAGAGUCGUAAGUCAAACGCUUCAGGUUCUCCAAGGAGCAGACGAUCGGCAAGCCCAUCAUCUCCCAAGAGCAAACGUUCCGAAUCGCCAGGAUCUCCCAAAACGGUCCGCUCACGCAGCGCAACUCCAGAAAGUGCGAGAUCUAAAUCUAGAUCACCAUCAGCUAGUCCUAAAAGCGGAAAGGCUACUAGUCCACGAUCACGAGCGUCAGGAAGCCCCAAGAGUAAAGAGGCAAGUGACAAUGAGAGCGAUGUUGAACAGCCUAAGAGGAAGCGAGAUGGUAGUGUUUCAGGAUCAGAUGGUGAAAAGACAACUCCCAAGAAGCAAAGACCACUCAUUGACUCUGAUUCUGAUGAGGGUGAGGAUGAGAGUAAAAUUAAAGGGCCCGAGCCAACGGCAGAUGCUCUCUUUGGUGAUGCCAGUGACAUAAGCACAGAUGAUGAAAAAGAAAAAGAUGGAGAGCCUGAAAAACAAAAAAGUAGAAGUAGGAGUAAGAGCAGGAGUAAAAGUAGAAGCAGGAGUAGAAGUAGAAGUAGAAGCAGGAGCAAGAGCAGGAGUCGGAGCAGAAGUAGGAGUAAAAGCCGGAGUAGAUCCAGAAGUAGAAGUCGGAGCAGAGGACGAUCAGAGAGUGGUGGAGAAGCUCCAACGCAGGUAGGCGAUGAGGAUAAGGAGAAGGAGGAUGAGCCUGAACCCCCACCGGAGACGAGGAUCGAUGUGGAGAUUCCUAAAAUAACGACAGACCUUGGAAGGGAUAUUCAUUUUGUCAAACUGCCUAAUUUCUUGUCUGUGGAAACUCGACCAUUCGAUCACGAGACAUAUGAAGAUGAAAUUGAUGAGGAGGAGACACUGGACGAGGAGGGUCGAGCUAGAUUGAAGCUCAAGGUAGAGAAUACAAUUAGAUGGAAGGAUGUAUUUGGGGAUGAUGGAAAAAUGCGAAAGGAGAGUAAUGCGAGAUUUGUUAGGUGGUCGGAUGGAAGCAUGUCCCUUCACUUGGGAUCUGAGAUAUUUGAUGUCUAUAAGCAACCACUUCAGGGGGACCACAAUCACCUUUAUAUUCGACAAGGCACUGGACUUCAGGGGCAGGCGGUCUUCAGAACGAAAUUGACCUUCAGGCCUCAUUCGACUGAGUCAUUCACCCACAGGAAGAUGACCAUGUCGUUGGCGGACAGAUCUCAGAAGACAUCGGGUAUUAAGGUGUUGUCACAAGUUGGCAUGAAUCCUGAUCAAAAUCGUUACGAGAUGAUAAAGAAGGAAGAGGAAAAACUGAGAGUUGCCAUGAGGGCCCAGAGCAAAUCCAAGAAAUCCAGUGGAAGUGGACGAAGUUCAACCAGAGCGUCCGGCAACUAUGGGGCUGAUACUUAUCAUGAUGAUGGCUCCGAUGACGAGGGGGCUAUCUCCCUCGCUGCUAUCAAGAGUAAAUACAAAAAAGGAGCACCUUCGAAAGAAAAAGAGAAAAUUUAUUCAUCUGACGAGGAAGAUUCAGACUUUGAGACAACCAGACCUAAGAAAAACUUCAAAGGAAAAGUAUUAAAGGAUUCUGACGAGGAGUCCAAUGCCACAUCUGACAGUGCCUCGGGGAGUGGCGGAGAGGAUGCAGCAGGCGGGGGCAGCGAUUGAAUUAAUCUCAAACAAUUUCUUUCAUAAUAUUGUUUAAAAUAAAUAAAUACUUGAAAAUUAAUGAAAUUAGUGCUUUCUCCCUAUGCACUUGUCCUCAUUGAACGUCAAUAGGGACAUAUUUUAUUUCAAAUACAAGUUAUAUUCAUCAUCUUUUUACCGCUAGUAUUGAAUUUUCCCAUUGGAAAAAUCUUAAUGCGUAGGAAAAUUAUUGUAUAGAGUAUAUCAUCAAAGUGGUCAACUGUCACUCAAAUUUCAUCAAUCAAUUUAGCUUUGCCGUUAGCUACUUAACUGUCUUUUAAAUUUUUAUUUAAAUUGUCUGAGUGACAUAAUUGUUACGGUAGUUUUUUCACUAUUGCACUGUUACUGUCGACUAACUCGCUUAAUCGUCAUUGUUCCCAUCAUAAAAUAUAACUGAUUCAGCCAGUGUUGAAUUAUUUUCAGUAACAUGAUCGUACAGAAUUAUACAAUGUGUUGAAAAAAUGCAUUAAUUGUUGAAACUUCAUACAACUCUUCGAACUUCUCCCCUCAAUGGCAUAUUAACUUUACACAUGCUUAAGUAAUAAGACACUUAAUCAAUAAAUUCUUAAUAUCCUGACUAAUAUACAUGAGAGACAGGCUUAAAUAAAUAAUGGGUGUACUCACAGGCAGACCCAAGUAAUCUUCUGCCGAAAAUUUAUCAACGACUGUUGAAAAUUGCCAAAUAUGUACUUGUUUAA